AUGAAAAUUAAUGACGACUCAAUGAAAAAUAGUGACGACUCCAUCAAAAAUAGUGACGACUCCACAAAAAAUAGUGACGACUCCACAAAAAAUAGUGACGACUCCAUCAAAAAUAGUGAUGACUCCACAAAAAAUAGUGACGACUCCACAAAAAAUAGUGACGACUCCACAAAAAAUAGUGACGACUCAAUGAAAAAUAGUGACGACUCCAUCAAAAAUAGUGAUGACUCCACAAAAAAUAGUGACGACUCCAUCAAAAAUAGUGAUAACUCCACAAAAAAUAGUGACGACUCAAUGAAAAAUAGUGACGACUCCAUCAAAAAUAGUGAUGACUCCACAAAAAAUAGUGACGACUCAAUGAAAAAUAGUGACGACUCCAUCAAGAAUAGUGACGACUCCAUGAAAAAUAGUGACGACUCCACAAAAAAUAGUAACGACUCCACAAAAAAUAGUGACGACUCCACGAAAAAUAUUGACGACUCCAUGAACAAUAGUGACGACUCCAUGAAAAAUAGUGACGACUCCAUCAAAAAUAGUGACGACUCCACAAAAAAUAGUGACGACUCCACAAAAAAUAGUGACGACUCCACAAAAAAUAGUGACGACUCCACGAAAAAUAGUGACGACUCCAUGAACAAUAGUGACGACUCCAUGAAAAAUAGUGAGGAACCCACGAAAAAGAGUCCGAUCUGUACAUGGCCUAAGUUAGUUGUCUCUUAA